AUGGCGGUUCUCAAAGUCGCUUCAAACGCAAAUGCUGCCCUUACCCUCCCUGCCAUUCUAGCUGCGGCGUAUGGGUGGACGGGCGCCAAUUACAAUAUCGGGCUCAAAAACACCGAGAAUGGAAUUGUUUGUCGGUUUUCCCCAGAGCCCUCAGGAUACCUCCACAUUGGGCACGCUAAAGCGGCCUUAUUAAACUCAUAUUUUGCCUAUGAAUAUGGAGAUAAAAGGGGUACUCUAAUCUGCCGAUUCGAUGACUCGAACCCAUCGAAAGAGAGUGAAGAGUUCAGGGAAUCUAUCCUACGCGAUCUCUCGCUGCUUGGUGUUAUACCAGACCAGAUGUAUGAGGCAUGUAUUGGGUUGAUCAAGUCCGGAAAGGCGUAUGCCGAUAAUACUAUCAAAGAAAUCAUGCAGGAUCAAAGGAUGAAAGGAAUAGCCUGUGCAUGUCGCGACAUGAGCCCUAGGGAGAGCCUAGCCCACAUUGAGGAGAUGAAGUCUGGCUCUGAGGAAGGGCUACAAUGGUGUAUUCGAGCAAAGAUAUCGGUGGAUGAUACAAACAAGGCCUUGCAAGACCCUGUUAUAUAUCGCUGCAAUCACGAGCCCCAUCACCGUACCGGGAGCACGUGGAAAAUCUACCCUACCUAUGACUUCUGUGCUCCCUUCCUCGACUCCAUUGAGCAAGUAACUCAUGCAUUGCGAACGAAUGAGUACCGUGAUCGCAACCCGCAGUAUCACUGGAUGCAAGAGGCGCUGGGCCUUCGAAAAGUCGAAAUCUGGGAUUUUUCUAGACUUAACUUCGUUCGGACGGUUCUAUCGAAGCGUAAGCUUACAGCCAUUGUGGACAAGGGCGUGGUUUGGGGAUGGGACGAUCCCCGCAUGCCUACCGUACGGGGAAUUCGUCGAAGAGGCUGUACUAUACCCGCCCUUCGAGAAUUCAUCCUGAAGCAAGGCCCUAGUCAAAAUAUUGUCAACAUGGAUUGGACUAGAUUCUGGGCUAUCAACAAAAAGUAUAUUGAUCCUGUAGCUGCACGCUACACAGCAAUCCCAUCACUCAAUGCUGUUACCGCCUUAAUCGACGGGGUUGAGGCAACAACUUCCGCGGAGAAGCCGAAGUAUAAAAAUCCAUCUCUGGGAACGAAGAAGGUCAUCUUCAGCAAGGAAAUUAUUAUCAGCCAGGACGACGCUCAGCAUUUCAAAGAGAACGAGCGAGUCACUUUGAUGAACUGGGGUAAUGCCAUUGUUUCGAGGAUUACUACCGACCCGGCCACUGGAAAGGUGUUAACCCUAAAUCUAAAGCUUGAUUUGGAAUCCGAUGUCAAGUUGACCGAAAAGAAGAUUACGUGGUUAGCUAAAGAUUCGAGCAAUAUGGUGCCAAUCAAGCUGUACACUUUCGACCACUUGAUUUCGAAGGACAAAAUAGAGAAGGAUGAAGACUUUGCAUCCUUCUUGACAAACCCGAGCGAGUUCUGUACAGAAGCCUGGGCGGACUGCAAUGAUGACACCAUCCAGUUUGACCGUACCGGCUAUCUCAGGGUUGACCAAGCAUACUGUGACGGUCAGCCGGCGGUUAUGUUCAACAUCCCGACAGGAAAGGGGGCCUGA